AUGGACUUCAUAAAACAAGAAGUUUUGUCGGACGAGGAGGUCAUAGAAGAUGACCCAUGUCAUGGUACCUUCGAGAUCUUGGACUAUGAACAACGACUCAUGCUUGACACCAUGGACGAUGACGUCAUUUUCGUCCACGCCAGGGGACUUGGGAUGGAAAGACUUUUCCUUAAUCAUUUGAUCAUGUAUUCCGACCAGAAACUGCUAACAAUUGUAUUGAACACUUCGCAACAUGAUGAGUCAUACUUCAUUUCACAACUGAAGGAUGCGAACGUACCUUGCCUACCUAAGCUAGUGAACGCUGAUGUGUCUACCAAGGACAGGGAAGCUGUGUAUCUCGAGGGUGGAGUGCAGUUUCUCACGUCUAGGAUACUGCUAGUCGACUUACUGACAGAUCGGGUCCCAGUAAAAAACAUUGCUGGUAUUCUAGUCUAUCGUGCUCAUCAGGUUCUUUCUUCGUUCCAAGAAUCGUUCAUCUUACGUUUAUAUCGUGAGCGAAAACCUGGAGGUUUCGUGAAGGCAUUCACGGAUCUGCCGACAUCAAUCUGUGCGUUGGGACAACUGCAAAGAGUAGUGGAUCGGUUGUAUAUUAAGCGAGUGCGAUUAAUUCCACGUUGUGAUACCGAUAUAAAAACGACGCUGGAGAACUGUGCGCCUGCUAUGAGUGAAUUUCUCGUCGAUCUUCCUACCGUAUUCCGCAGAGUGCACACAACUUUUGUUGAACUGUUGAAAGUUUGCGUUCGCGAACUUAAACAAUGUUCUUUUAUCGAGAAACAGGCAAUCUUGGAAGAAGACACUCUUAAUGUUGCCGUUUAUGUACCAAGUCUGUUGGAGAGGCAGUUGAAUGAGAGAAGGUCUUUCUUGACGGAAAAACAAGGCCGCCUUAUGUCAGACUUGUCUAUACUACGGGAAUUGCUGCAAACUGCAGAGGAUAUGGACCCGGCGACUGUUCUCACUCGGAUCAAUGCCCUCAGAUGCGAUAAGGAGGUUUUCGAGAAAAGCGGUGGUUGGAUGAUGUCACGGGUGGCUGCAACUCUUAUUGCUGAUAUUGAGUCAUUGUGCGGAUAUGGAGCCUUCAAGAGUUGCCGCUUUGUUCCUCCACCGAAAUGGCAGGUGCUUGCAUCAAUUUUGGAUGAGGUCAAGAACAUUCCUGUUCGACCCAGUGAAGUUGGACCGGAUGGCCCUUCUGUGUUGAUAUUCGUCAAUAACGACAAUGUAGUGCGGCAGCUAACUGAUCUCAUCAAGAACGGUCCUGAAUUUGUCGGGUGGCUGACUAGGCGCACUUUAGGAUCAGGUGCUGGUAAAGAGCCCCAACGGGCUCCUCUGUGGGAUGUAGACAAUGUGAUUCCUUUUCAAAGAGGGAAUCUGACCUCAGAACCGCGAAAGGAGAUGGUUUCUGAUCUACAGAAGAACACACUGGUUGCAGCCAGAGCAUCUAAACGACGGAGAAAGGUGGCUGAAGAUCUUGGAGCAACGUCCAACCAUGGAGGAAAGCAAACGAAGAUAGUUCAGUUUGGCAUUCUGCAGUACAAAAAGCGCAAAAGUGACACGCAGAAUAGCGCUGAGAAGAUUGCGGAACGAACUCUGAAAAUGGUUAUACGGUAG